AUCUCAUAUUCCGAGGCGGGGAGGAAAUCAGAAUUCUACCGGGUCACGACAAUGUCGAAGCUAACCUAGCAAUCGCACAAAUCCGAGCGCCCCAGCCCAGUCCUCCCUCGUUUUCGCGUCGGAGAUCUCUCUCUCUCUCUCUCUCUCUCUCUCUCUCACGGCGAAUCCUCCACACGAGAAAUCGUCAAUCCGACAAUCCCUCGCCCCGAAUCUCCACUCCACUCCACUCAGCAAUGUCGGAUUCUCCCGAUCUCCUCUCCCAGCUCAAGCGAACCGUCCAAUCCCUAACAUCGGUCUGCCGUCCCUGGCCGCUCUUCCUCGACCUCACCGCCGUCAACUUCCCUUCCCCCCUCACCGACGCCAACGCCCGGGUAACCCAGAACCUGACCUUCUUCCGUGCCAAUUACGCCAUCAUCGUCCUCCUAAUCUUCUUCCUCAGCCUCGUCACCCGUCCCUUGGCGCUGCUCGCCUUCUUCAUCGUGCUCGUCGCCUGGCUCGUCCUCUACUUCUCCCGAGAUGAGCCGAUGUCGAUUUUCGGGUUCGAGAUCAACGAUUUGGUGGUGCUGGUUGGGCUCGUAAUCGCGUCGGUGGUGGUCUUGUCCGUCGCCGGGAUCUGGGUCAACGUGAUUGUCGCCGGGGCGAUCGCCGCCGGAUUGGUGCUGCUGCACGCCGCGUUGAGGAGCACGGAUGAUCUUGUGGCGGAUGAAUUCGAGGCGUCGCCGUAUGGAAACUUGCUCUCCGACGAUGAUGAUACACCAGGAGGCGGAGCUUACAGCCAGAUUUGAUUUGACUUCGAUUCUUCUUCUUUGUAACUGCUUGGUGAUGAAAGGAUAGGGAUUUUACAGGAUUUUGUUUGGUCAAAUUUGUAGCGAAUUGGGUUUUCUUUUACCCUAAUUGUUCAAUUUGAAUACAAUCUUGACAUUUUUGCUUUCUUCUUGCUCUUCUUUUGAGCAUCAAUGCAUGAAAGGUGAAAGGAAGAAUGAAGGUAACAGAAAAAA